CGUUUCCGGCCCUAUACGAACUCUCCCGCCAUCUGAGAAAAGUGCUUGCCGGCGUUUCUGCAUACAGCGUUUGGUGUGUCUACAGAUAAUGAGAUGCAGUUUUCUGGAGGAAAUCGGAAAAGACUGAGGUUGGGAGGUGACCAAAGGAAUGCCUCCUACCCUCAUAGCCUUCAGUUUUACUUGGAGCCACCUUCCGAAAACAUCUCUUUGAUUGAGUUUGAAAGCUUGGCUAUCGAUAGAGUUAAAUUGCUAAAAACAGUCGAAAAUCUUGGUGUGAGCCAUGUGAAAGGAACCGAGCAAUACCAGAGUAAGUUGGAGGCUGAGAUAAGAAGGCUCAAGUUUUCUUUCAGAGAAAACGUAGAAAAUGAAUAUGAACGCCGAAGAAGAGAUCAUAUUUCUCACUUUAUUUUACGCCUUGCUUAUUGCCAGUCUGAGGAUCUUAGACGCUGGUUCAUUCAACAAGAAAUGGAUCUCCUUCGAUUUCGAUUCAGCAUUUUACCCAAGGACAAGAUUCAAAGUUUCUUAAAGGAUAGCCAUUUGCAGUUUGAGGCUGUAAGUAUAGUUUUGUAG